AUCCUUGAACCUUUAGAUUGAAAUUUAUAAUCGAUAAAAUGUCGAGAGAAGAAUAUAGCGUGGUCGUCGAAAUGGACGAUGAGCCUACUCGAAGGGAAGAAUUAGAGUUUCAAGAUUUUUCUUCCACUUCCGGAGUUGGUGGCAAAAUUUCUAAAGAUAAACAAGCGUCCUCUAAUAAUGACGGAUUUAAUAAUGCGUCAUUUUUCGAUUCAAAUCAGUCAAUUCGAAAUGAAUCGCAAGGCGGUUCAUACCCUUUAUGGUCGAUUGAAUACUACGCUCGAUAUUUUGAUGUAGAUACCACUCAGGUUCUUGAAAGAGCAUCGAAAAGUCUUUUUCCCAAAGACAACUUUGUUGAAACAGUUGGAUCAAAUCCUGACUUAUAUGGACCUUUUUGGAUACCCACAACUGUCAUAUUUUUACUUUUUGUGACAGCAACAAUUGCAAAAUUUAUUUCAGACAAAGAUUCUCCUUAUGAUUUUAUAAUUUUAUCAUUUGGCUUCGCCGCUAUUUAUACAUACUCUUUUGGUAUGCCAUUUAUUGUUUGGGGUGCAUUAAAAUAUUUUGGUUGUAGCCCUUCAUUGUUAGAUACUAUCGGUUUAUAUGGAUAUAGUUUAACCAUAUGGCUACCUAUCUCUAUUAUUAAUAUUAUUCCUUCUGAUACAGUUCGAUGGGCCCUUGUAAUAGUUGGAUUUGCAAUUUCAGGAUUCUUUAUCACAAGAAAUCUUUAUCCAAUUAUAUCCAGAGCUGAUUCGAAAACUUCUAGAUUAUUAUUGAUUUUUGUACUAGCGGCUCAUGCUGCAUUUGCUUUGUUACUUAAAUUUAAAUUCUUUUCGUAUCAAUGGAAACCUAAAAGUGAUUAAGAUUAAUUUUAAAUAUUUAUUAUUUAAUUUGAUAAUAGUAAAAAGGUAAGGUUUGGUUGUAUGAUUUUUUUUUUUUU